AUGUAUAAAGAUCUGCUCUCAUCGAAUUUCAUCACUGAAGCUACAACGUGGUACGAAAUGUGGAGGAAUAGAGAAAACUCUUAUGAAUCCCUCGAAUACAUCGAUUUAGUUAUUGAAGCCACAACGUUUUAUCCAGCUGUAGAAGCAGCAAUCAAAAUUGGCCUAACUCUUCCAGCUACUACGUGCACUAUUGAACGCACUUUUAACUUUCGCAGUUCUUAUGAAGUCCUAGAAAAUCGUCGUGUUGUUAGAUUACCUUGGAAGAAAGACGUUACUCUUUCUUCAAAUAACUAUCACGUAGCAUCAAAACGCUUCAAUACAUUGUGCAAGAAGCUCCAAACAGAUCCUAGCUUAAAGGAAAUGUAUGUUACACUCAUGGAAGAUUACAUAGACAAAAGGCAAGUUGAAAUAGCACCGGAAAAUCAUGAUAAAGAAGAAAAAAGCUAUUACAUACCCCAUCAUGUAGUCAUUAAAGAGAAAAACGCAGAAAUUAAGAGACGAAUAGUGUUCGACGCCUCUUCUCACACACCAGGCCAUCCAUCAUUAAACGAUGUUCUAGAACAAGGUCCCAACUUACUUCCAGAAAUUUUAGUCACCUUAUUACGAUUUCGUCUUCACAAACAAGCAAUUAUUAGUGAUGGAAGUCAGGCCUUUUUACAAUUAGCCUUGUGGGAAAAAGACAUAUGUGCUACUAAGUUUUUGUGGUUCAAAACUAGGAAAAAUGGUGAGGGACAUUUGCAGCUAGAGAAUGAAUUUGUGGUCUACCAAUUUACACGUUUACCCUUUGGAUUAACCAGCAGCCCAUUCCUUCUUUCAGCUACACUUGACGAAUUAUCCUGCAUGUACUCCAGCAUUUAUCCCACAGCAGCUAAGCAUCUAAAAGGCAAUAUUUUCAUGGAUGAUUUCGUUGUGGGAGUUGAUUCAGAAAUCGAAGCGAAAACCCUAUUUCACGAAAUGCGAGAACUCACGAGUCUUAUAAGCCUUACUUUAGCAAAAUGGAGUACCAACUCACAAGUUUUGAAAAACGAAUGGAAGAAAGAAAAAAUAAAGUUUAAAAGUAAGACUCAAGUCUUAGGUGUUCAUUGGGAUACAGAAGAAGAUUCGUUUCAUCAAAAUAUUAAGGAGUAUCACCACGAUUUAUUUAAGGAACCGGUCACUAAACGCUUACUUCUGAAAACAAUCUCAAAGAUUUUUGAUCCCUUGGGAAUUUUCUCACCAUCUACUGUAGUAGAAAAAAUUCUCUUUCAAGAUACAUGGCUAUGUGGUAUUGACUGGGACGAACUUUUACCCCCAUCUAUCGCAUCAAGGUGGUCAAAAUGGAUCAUAGACUUACCACAUUUAAACAACAUUCGAAUCCCCAGAUGGAUUGGAAUAUCUUCUGCUGAUGUUACCAUUCACGUAUUCUGCGAUGCUUCGGAACGUGCUAACGGAACAGUGUUAUAUGUACGAUUCACAGAAGAUACUAAAUUUCAUGUUCGAAUGGUUUGCAGUCGUAAUAGACUUUCUCCUCUAAAAAGAGUAACACUUCCCCGCUUAGAGCUGUUAGCCGCAUUAUUGGGUGCUCGAUUACUCCAUUAUUUUUGUACAGAAACUAAACUGGAUAGGAACACAGUGACACUUUGGAGUGACUCAACAGUUGCCUUAAAUUGGAUGAAAGGUGAUCCAAAUCGUUGGAAAACCUUUGUCUGUAACCGAACAAACGAAAUUCUCAAUUACACAAAUCCAACACAAUGGCGGCAUUGCCCUAGCAAUGAAAAUGCUGCCGACCACUUGUCUCGUGGUGUUGCACCAACAGAGCUUAAGUCAUUGGAUCUUUAG